AUGGCUCGUUCUAUGCUGCUAGGCCUGGCCUUGGCCGCCGCCGCCACCUUCAACUCGGCUCGCGCUGCCACGAUAACGUCUCAGAAUGACAUUCCCUCCUGGGGCCAAAAGUCAGCAAUGCAGCUGCAGCUGUCUUCGGCUGCUGGCGACGUUGUGCCUUUGACCUUCAUCGUCAUACCUUCAACACAGUCGCUGGGAUUGAACCAAUCCGAAUUGGUCCGCGGGGCAAUCCGCAUCGAGGGUACUAUGGUUUCCGCCACCACUGCCAACUACAAUUCAAUCAAUUCGCAAAACCAGAUCGCCUACCUGUCCUGCGACAAACCCGAAGGCGGUGGCUUCAUCACUCCGGACAUGAUGCUGAGCACUCUUAUGGAGAAGAAGCCGAAGGCUAUUGUCCUGUACAGCACCGUUGGGAACUGGUGUUCGUUGUCCGGCGAGGUCCCCUACCAAAGCAUAUUCACGAUGGAGGAUGCUGGAGAUGCGUCUCAGGCUUUGCACAUUCUCAAUGGCACAAACGAGGUCGACAUACUCAGGGUUACCAUUACAGGAAACACGACAACUGACGGCCGCGAGCCUGGAGGCGCUCCAGGCAGUAACAACUCAGCGGUUGCCAUGAGUAUUCUCUACAGCAUCACUGGUCUCAUUACGCUGCUAUUUCUCAUCAUCAUCGUCACGGGUGCCGUCAGGGCCCAUCGUUACCCAGAGAGGUACGGUCCUCGGAGAGCGCUCAAUGGCCGUCCACGCCAAAGCCGUGCGAAGGGCCUUGCCCGUGCCGUCCUAGACACCUUGCCUAUUGUCAAGUUUGGAGAACGUCAAGAUGGAAUACCGAAGCCGGACCCUAGCAUUGAGUUGGAGAACGCAUCAGCCGUUCCCACGAACGAAAGGGGCGUGGAAAGCCACGACGAGCAUAGGCAGCAUGACUCCGUCCCAGCAAAUGCCAAGAGCACUGAAGCGACAACGUCUACGACCACUGCCGUUGCCCCAGAAAUGAUAGGCGCUGCAGUCACGACCACAACCAAGGCCGCGGCUCCUGCUGUCACGGCCAAACCGGCAGAGACCGAGAAGCCUGGCGGUGUGCAGCAAGACGAGGCGAACCUGGGCUGCACUAUCUGCACGGAAGACUUUUCGGUUGGAGAAGACGUGCGAGUGCUGCCUUGCAAUCACAAGUUCCACCCCAACUGCGUUGACCCAUGGCUGGUCAAUGUCUCGGGCACCUGCCCUCUCUGUCGUCUCGAUCUUCGGCCACAAGGUGACAAUACUGAGAACCCCACUGAGGAGCUGCCACCACCUUUGGAACUCGACGGACACGAGACAGACGGGUCCUCGACCACCCAGAGACGGCCAGGCCGGUUGUUCGACCUCAAUAGGUUAAGGAAUGCUUCAGCUGAAGAGCGGAUCCAGGCCUUGCGGCAGUACAGGACACAGCAGCAAAGCCAGGGUGAAGCGGAAGAAAGAUCUGGCGCCGAGCCUGAUGAGAGGAGUCGCAGGGCGAAGUUGGCGGACAAGCUCCGUGACAAGUUUCGCAUCCGAACAGGGCCGCAACCAUAG